AUGGCAUGUGAUAAUGUUGCUGGAUUCAACAAUGAUAUCUAUAUGCAAGGAAAAGAAGAUGUAAAUCGGAUUUCUUUAUUCCUUUACACUGAUAGCGAUGACGAGUUUUCGACCUAUCUGUUGGAUAUAUUAACGGUCAGCCAAUUAACACCCCUCGAAAGAAUCAACAUCUUGCAUAAGUUAUGUGAUUGGUCAAUAGACAGUUUUGACGAAACUGUUAGGGCAAUCGAUGCAGACGCUACACGUUUAGAACCUGUUGGAGUUGAUCGGCAUGGAAAUAAGUAUUGGUAUUUUUUCGGGACAAGGUUAUAUAAAGAAGCAGUAAAUAAUAGUAGCAAUAAUAGAAAGAGAUCUUCGAAAGCGAACAAUAAGAUUAAAAAGAAAGGUCGUGGUAGGCCAACAAAAAAUAAUAAUAAUCAAGAAAUUCAAAAUGGAAUGGUUAAUAACAAGGAAAGUACAUUAUGGUCAGUAGUCUGUGCUACUGCUGCGGAAUGGUCAAAGUUAGCAAAAUCUUUUCGGCAAAGUACCGACAAAAAUGAAAAGUAUCUUUACGCAACAUUGUCAACAGAUUUCGUACCAGAAAUUCCUUCUAUGAUUAUUCAUAGGGAAAAAGCGGCUCAUAAAAAGUUAAUGCUAGAAUUAAUGCCAAGAAGGACUUCUAAUAGAAUUGCUUCUAAGGUGGCGCGAAGAAAUGAAGGCGAAGACUCUGAGGAAGACGAAGAUGAAGAUGAAAGCAAAAAAGCUGAAGAAUUAGCGCAGAUUAGAAUGGAAAGAGAGAAGGAAAGAAGGCAAAAAGAAAGAGAAGAGCAAAAGGCUGCUAAAGCUAGAAGAGAUAAGGAAAGACAAGAUCGCGCUGAGCGAGUUAAACUCAGACAUGAACGAAUUAUGUGGCAACAAAGUGGUCUAGGAUCACUACCAGAAUACCUUCAAAGCAAAAAUGAUGGUAAAACCUAUAAUGAAAGCGAAGAAGAAUCAGUCGAGGACGAAUAUGAAGAUUUAUAUAUUGGCAUGCACAAAAUAAUUGAAGUGUUUAAAAAGCAUGAAGAUUCUUGGCCCUUUAUGGAACCAGUUACGGAAGAUAUUGCUCCGGGGUAUUUUGAAGUUAUCGAGCAACCAAUGGAUAUUGAAACUAUCGAGAAAAAGUUAGAGAAACGAACAUAUAAAAAAUCUGAAGAGUUUAUCAGUGAUAUGCGCUUAAUAUUUGCCAACUGUAUAGAAUAUAACGGAGAAGAUAACUGUUAUACUGAAAUGGCUCAUAAACUUGAAGCCAUGUUCAAUAAGAGUGUACAGAAACAUCUAUUAGAUGAUGACAAAACAAGCGAUGAAGAGUAUAAGAUAGAAAGCGAGGUAUCUAGUGAAUCCAGUGAAAUAGAGGAGGACGAAAAUGAGAACGAUUCUGCUCCUAAAAGAGCUAGAGGAAAUAUCCCACAUCCACCUAUAUCAAACGGUGGUACUUUUACAGGUGUACAGAAUAACUGGAAUGGUCAUCCUAACAAUGUGGUUAUGUCGAAUGUGGCACCUUAUCCUUACCCUAACUAUGUACACCAUCCGCAAUAUGCGCCUUUUAUUCAUACUGGUCAAUCCCCUAUUAAUCAAAAUUCUGUUCACGGUCAUCCAUUUCCUCAUUAUUAUCCUACCGGACAACCAGUAGUUGACAAUCACAUGCACAAAUCAAUUGGUAAUAAUAAUCAGCAACCUAAUUAUACCAAUAUACCAGCGUGGAAUAAUCCAAUGAUGGUAAAUCAUGGAGAAUCUAGUGCCACUAGUGGUAUGAGGCAAAUGCAGGGUAAUAACAAAGGCCGUUUGCAACAAUUAUUAGAAUUUGGGACGCAGCAAGCGCAACUUUUAUCACAACCAAGGCAUGUCUUUCCUUCAACUCCUCAACAACAAGCACAUACUCUGACUCCACCAUAUAACAAUCAUUUGCCUCAUUCAUCACCUCAUCUUCCAUCAGCUUCGAUGAUUCAGCAGCCGCAUCAGCAAUUUUUUCCUUCUAAAAUGUCUCAACUUCCUAAUAAUCAUGCUAAUUUGACAAAUACCGGAGGAGAUUUGACCGUUAAUUCGAAAGCAAGUCAAGAUGUCUCUAAUACAUCUAAUAGCAAUCAACCGAAUCGAUUAUCAGCAGGAAACCGUGAAGUAGCUCAAAAUGCUGCUCGCCUAAACCUUCCAAUGCCUUAUACUGGAACGGGUGGAGUCGAUCAUGCAUCUAAUAUAGCGCAGCAGUCAAAUAGCUAUAAUCCUAUGAAGGGACAUGUACCAACUAACGAAUACGCUAAUUCUGUAAGUAAUCAGAGUAAGCAAGGAUCUGUAAUUAAUGCUUCAUCUUAUCCGGCGAGUACUGAUAGUGGUAAUAGUAAUUCGUUAAAUAUUGAACGAGGAAGUUCUGUUGAACCAGUAAUACAAAGCGCAAAUGGUCAUUUAUCGCCGAAUGAAUAUUUUCCUAAUUAUGGUAACGCACAACAAUAUAAUCAAGGAACAUUAUCUAAGCAAUUUUAUCCGGAUCUUAAUUGGCAACCAUCAUACAAUACUAGUAAAGAACCAUACGAUGGUACUGGUCCUAUGACUCAUUCACAGCCUGUUAUGCAGCAUCAUUAUCCUGCUUAUUUUCAACAUCAAUCCGUAGACGGUGCACAUAAUCUUAAACAGCAACAACAAUAUCAUAACCCUCAAUUUUAUAAUCCAGGAUUUACUUCUGCCAUAAAUCCAAAUACGUCAGAGUUUACCAAUGCUAUGCCACUUUUGAAAAAUGGUGAAAUUAGUAAUCAAGCCAAAGAUGAAGAAUGCAGUUAG